GAUUCAAUGAGUUGUCUUACUUUUCUAUUACUGCAAUAAAGCAAAGUGACCAAAAGACGCUCUGAGAGGAAAAGGUCUCUUUCCUCAGUCAGUCACUGAAGGAAGUCAGGGCAGGAAUUCAAGGUAGGGCCAGAAGCAAAAGCCAUAGAGGAGUACUGCUUACUGACUUUCUCCUCCCUGCCCCAGCAGCUUACUGAGGCUGCCUUCUUACCCACCCCAGGAUCUUGGGGAGGGAGAGACAUUGCCUGCAGUGAGCAAAGCCCUUCUAUAUCAAUUGUUAAUUAAUACCCUGAAGGCUUGCCUAGGGGACCAUCUUCUGGAGGCUUUUAUCAAUUAAGAUUCCCUCUUCCCAGAUAACAUCUAGGUUUGUGUCAAAUUGACAAAUUGACUUAGAUACUUUGUUUAUUCAUGUUACUGUUUAAAGACACGGUUUUUUUUGUUUUGUUUUUGUUUUUUGUUUUUUUGUUUUUUGGUUUUUUUUUUUUUUUUUUUUGUCUCUAUAACAAGCAGCUAGUUGAGAAAUCACUAGAUUGCAUCAUGGAGGAUGGUAAGUCUAUUACAAGAAAGCCCAGUGUGAAGAUGAUGAUGUAAGUCUCUGGUGAUGAGGUUGACACACUCUGAUCUUACAUGUUGUAUUAUAUACUGUUAGUACUUAAGUCAUUCAAAAAAAUCAUUGAAAACUAAUUAUCUGAAACACCCUCUAAAAGCCUGUCAACUGUUCAGGUUGUUUUACAUUUUUUUUGUUUUGUUUUAAUUAGGAUCUCCUUGGACCUGUAAUUCCAGCCAUUCAGGAAACUGAGGCAGGAGGAUCUCAAGUUCAAGUUGCCCACCUGAGCACCUUAGAUCCUGUCUCAGAAAGUAUAAAGAAAGCUGGAAAUAUAAAUCAAUGGUAGACCACUUGUCUGGCAUGCAUGAGACUCUCAGUUCAGUGAGGAGUGGGUUCAAAAUUCAGUUUAACAAGGCACAAAGUUGGAAUGAUGUUUGUAAUUCUAGCUAAGCCAAAGGUAGAAACGCUGUAGGUUUUAUUCUGUGAUUUGAACACACACACACAAACAUACACACACACUUUUUUCAAGCACAUUCCAAAGCAUAAUUAAAUCAGAAAGGGGUGCUGGCCACUGAGCAUCACAGCUGUCAUCUUCAUGAGAGCAGCUGUUACUAUUGUUAUGACUUGAGAAACAUUGACCUGUUGACUAUUGACAUUCCUUCAAAGAAUUGGGUGCAGUGGUCACUGGGCUGUCAGCUGAUUCUCUCCCUCUCCAGCUAGAUGUAAUUCUGCGGUAAUUGCACUUGGCUCGUCGGCUUGGGUGCUGCUAGGGUAUAUAAGGGGUGGAAGGGUGCCUCAGGGAGUGUAGCAUCUCUGCUGGUACAACUAUGGGGAAGCCAUCAUUAAUCAUCCAUGCUGGGCUUAGGUUAUCCGGUGAUACGGCCGCUUCGAUGUCACUUGCAUCCUGUAAGGAAGCCGGGCAAGGUCUGUUAUUUAAGCUAGACAUGGGUGGAACCCUGCCUUUGGGCUGUCAUUGGAGCUCUAUGUGGGGUAAGUAGACAUUAGAUCUCAUGCCCCAGGAACAGCUAAGGAUGCAUACCAACCACAACUGAGGGGCACACUAGCAAAAUCAUCUGCUUUAUGUAUUUUUAAACAACCAUUGCCUUUUUAGAUAAAAAAUAAAGAUACUAAUAAUAAAUACCAUUUUAAACUUUGAUUUGGCACCACCUAUAUCAAUAUUUAACUCUCUUCACGUGAAGCCAUGGAGUUUCCACUAGAUCAUAGGAUAACCGAAGGGUUGAAUAAAGCAGUUAUUGUCUGUCACGGCAAUGCAAAGCAGGCAGCAUCGUGCAUGAUGGUGAAAUUUGUCAAAAGACGGGGCCACCAUGUUAUAAAUUUAGGGCACAGGGAAAAUGGAGGCGCCACAGCACUCCCCUAUGGCCUGGGCAUGAGGAUUGCCUAGUUGAGGGGUGGUGGAGUCCCACAGUGACUGCAGGUUCUCCUAACCGCCAUGUUUCCUCCCUAGGUGGAACUGGCACGGCACAGCGCCCCCUGCUGGCAGGCGGUUCCCCAGCGCAGCAUCACCACUCUGGGCGGGGCUCAGAAUAGGAAAGCAGCUGGAGAGCCCUACAGACUGCUUUCCAUCACUUCCGGCUGACCCAUCGUGGACAGGGCAGGGGUCAUCGGAAGUGGGGCAACCGACCGACCCUUCCCAGAAGCGCUGCGUGUGCGCCCACAGCCUAAAGUGUCUGCGGGUAAGGGGCGUGGCCUGGGUGGCUGGCUGGCUCUGAUUGGGCGAGCGCUUCCCACUUUCCGUUGGCGCCCGGGAGGCGAGGAGGCGCCAUUACUCGACGGCCCUUGCGGGCGGAGGCGGUUGCCAGGUUGCGGUGUGCUGCGCUGUGUUUGUCUUCUCCUAUUCUUAAAUGAGUUCAAAAUGCCAGUGAGACCAGACCUCCAACAGUUAGAAAAGUGUAUUGAUGAUGCUUUGAGAAAAAAUGACUUCAAACCUUUGUUGGCACUUUUACAAAUUGAUAUUUGUGAAGAUGUGAAGAUUAAAUGCAGCAAACAAUUCCUCCGCAAGUUGGAUGACUUAAUAUGCAGGGAACUUAAUAAAAAGGAUAUCCAAACUGUUUCAAGCAUCUUGAUAUCUAUUGGAAGAUGUAGCAAGAAUAUCUUUAUAUUGGGACAAGCUGGACUUCAAACCAUGAUAAAACAAGGAUUAGUCCAAAAGAUAAGUACUUUUUCAUAGGAGGGAAAGCUGAUUAAGGUGCAGUUUCUAUUUUUAAAAUGUCCUGCUACUAAAUGCAAACUUAGAAACUUUAUGUAGAACUUUUGAGAGUAAAUAUUUUUAUGAGUAUAAGGUAAAGGUUCAGAAGGAAACUAUACAAGUUCCUUGACGACCAUGUGAAUUUAGGAUCACAGGAUGCCAAUGGAACUUUAUUUGAAUGAUUUUCUGUUGACUAACUCAUUUAGGUUGUUUACUGUCUGACAUCUACACUAAAAUAUAAGACACUGAUUUUUAUAUGUUUAAUCAGUUACACAUAACCAUCAAACUGAUGGUUUAUGGGACACAUAGUAUGUACUCAUGUGAAUCAAAUUAAAGUAAUUCUAAAAAUAUUCAAAUAAUAUAAAUUGUCCUGAUAAUUUUAGCUAAUUAUAACAAAUGUAUCUGCAGUAAGAAUUUAAAAAGGGAAGUGUAAGGGUCUUUGAAAUGGAAUUAUUAUUAUCUUCAUUCCUAUUUUAAACAGUGAGGAGAUAGAAUAAGUUAAAAAUAUAAGACAUUUUAAAAUGUAAAAUUGCUUUGAUUAUCAAUACUGGAGUUUUCAUUUUUAAAGUCAUUUGUUCUAGGUUUACUCACCAAAAAAAAACCCCAAAUAUAUUAAUUGUUAAAGUGGAUUUCAAAUUAACUAAUUUAUGUAUUCAUUUUUACAUGGUUUCCUGGUUUGAAAAUUCCAAGGAGAUUAUUCUAAAUCAACAACAAUCAAAAGAUGAAGCUGUUAUGAAUAUGAUAGAAGACUUAUUUGAUCUUUUGAUGGUCAUAUAUGACAUCAGUGAUGAAGGUAAAAACCAAGUAUUGGAAAGUUUCAUACCUCAAAUCUGUGCCCUGGUUAUUGAUUCAAGAGUGAAUUUUUGCAUUCAGCAGGAGGCUUUAAAAAAAAUGAAUUUGAUGCUUGACAGAAUACCUCAAGAUGCCAACAAAAUACUUUCUAAUCAAGAAAUGUUAACUCUCAUGAGUAAUAUGGGAGAAAGGAUUUUAGAUGUAGGAGAUUAUGAAUUACAGGUAGGCAUUGUGGAAGCUUUGUGUAGAAUGACCACAGAAAAACGGAGACAAGAACUGGCAUAUGAAUGGUUUUCAAUGGACUUUAUUGCUAAUGCAUUUAAGGAAAUUAAAGACUGUGAAUUUGAAACAGAUUGCAGAAUAUUUCUCAACUUGGUAAAUGGCAUUCUUGGUGAUAAAAGAAGGGUCUAUACAUUUCCUUGCUUGUCAGCAUUUCUUGGUAAAUAUGAGCUGCAGAUACCAUCAGAUGAAAAACUUGAGGAAUUCUGGAUCGAUUUUAAUCUUGGGAGCCACACUCUGUCAUUCUACAUUGCUGGAGAUGAAGAAGAUCACCAAUGGGAAGCUGUCACUGUACCUGAAGAAAAAGUUCAGAUGUACAACAUUGAAGUGAGAGAAUCAAAGAAGCUACUGACUCUAACUUUGAAAAAUAUAGUAAAAAUUAGUAAAAAAGAAGGAAAAGAGUUACUUUUUUAUUUUGAUGAAUCAUUAGAAAUCACCAACGUGACUAAAAAAGUUUUUGGUGGAAAUAAGUAUAAGGAAUUUACCAGAAAACAAGGUAUUUCAGUUGCCAAAACAUCUAUUCAUGUACUUUUUGAUGCAAGUGGAUCACAGAUUCUAGUACCAGAAAGUCAACCAUCUCCAGUCAAAGAAAACCUCAUUCAUCUAAAAGAGAAAUCCGACAUCCAAAAGAAACUUGUAAACCCUCUAGAACUAGGCAAUAGCAGCAGCCAGGAUGAGAUCACUACACCUAGCAGAAAGAAAAUGUCUGAAGCAUCAAUGAUUGUUCCUGAUACAGACAGAUACACUGUGCGAAGCCCAAUACUUUUAAUCAACACAUCAACACCGCGAAGAAGUAGGGAACCACUGCAAGCAAUAAAUUCUGUGGAGAAAGCUGUUUCUAAAACAUCAGAAAGUGGAAUGGAUUAUGCUGCGUCACCCAAAUCUAGACAAUCAGAUGGAAGAAAAAGAUGGAAUAAUAGAGCCAACCAUAACAAAACUACUGCUGUCAUACAAAACAAACAAUACGAGGAUAAUGAAUCCCCAGACCAAAAUUUCAAUGAAAUUGAGGACACUCUCUCUAAUGUAUCUUCUGCAGUGGGAAAAGUAGACAAGCCUGUAUUGCCUGGUGUUUUAGACAUCUCAAAAAAUACAACACACUCCAGAUGGGCAUGUUGGACACCUGUAACAACUAUCAAACUCUGCAAUAACCAGAGAAGCCGUGCUUUACCUGGAGACACUUGUACCCAAGAUACUGGUGUCAACAAAAAAUGCACUAAACAAAAAUCAGUAUCAGAUGAUGAUUCUGAAGAAACACAAAAGGGAAAAUAUAGUAAAGAUGUAAUCAAGUGUAACAAGUCAGAUGAAGCAGAAUUUUGUGAAAGAAACAUUCAAGAACAAAAUCAUCCUAAAUAUUCACAAAAGAAAAAUACUGCAAAUGCAAAGAAGAGUGAUUGGCAUAUUGAAUCUGAAACUACUUAUAAAUCUGUACUCCUAAAUAAGACAACUGAAGAAUCUCUCAUCUAUAAGAAGACAUGUGUAUUGUCAAAAGAUGUGAAUACUACUAUCUGUGAUAAAAGCCCUUCUAGAAAAAGCAAGAGGAAUCAUACAAAAUCAAGAAAGGAACUGAUGUCUGAACUUACAUCAUGUGAGCUAGAAGAAAUACCAGUGAGAGAAAAUUCAAAAGGGAAAAGAUUUACUGGUGCAUCAGAAUCCUUGAUAAACCAAAUUAGUAGGAGAUAUAACCCAAGUGAUAGCAUGAUGUCAACAAGAAAACUGAAGGAGCCUCAGGAUGGCAGUGGAUUUUCAAAAAAACCUGAUCUGCAGUUCAAUAAGGUUCAGAGAAAGAGUUACAGGAAACUGAAGGCAACUGUUGUCAAUGUUACUUCUGAAUGUCCACUGGAUGAUGUAUAUAAUUUCAGCUUGAAUGGUGCCGAUGAACCUGUUAUAAAACUUGGAAUCCAAGAAUUUCAAGCUACAACUAGAGAAGCCAGUAUGGAUAAUUCAUUAAAAUUGGUAAAGAAUCAUGAUGAACAUGACCCUUUUCUCAAAACAAAAGAUAAAAGAAUGUUAAGUUAUGAGAAGAAAACUCUCUUAAGUGACACUGAAACCGAAUGUGGAUGUGAUGACAGCAAGACUGACAUUAGCUGGCUAAAAGAACCAAAAACAAAAAGACUAAUGGAUUAUAGUAGAAAUAAAAACACAACAAAAUAUAAAAGUAGAAAAUCAAGAUCAUCCAUGGAAAAAGGACAACCAAGACCCACAAUGGUACUCAAUAAAAACAGUAUGAAAAAUGAUUAUGAAGUAGUUGUAGAUGGGAGAACCAGACUUCCACGAAGAGCAACAAAAACAAAAAAAAAUUAUAAAGAUCUUUCAACUUCAGAAUCAGAAUCAGAGAGUGAAAAAGAAUGUUCAUAUUUGUUUAAAGAUAAACUGCCAACAAAGGAGGAGACUAUCCAUUCCAGAGCCCAAACAAAGAAACUGCCCGAGAAACAACAGAAAGUCUUCAAUUCAGAAGCGCUGAAAGGACAGCCAUCAGAAGAACAGAAAAACUCCUCUCGGCUGAGAGAAGGGAGAGAAGACAGUCUGUGCCUGUCUUCUGCGUCUGUGUCCAGGAGCUCGUCCUCUGUGGAAGUGAUGAGAUGUACAGAGAAAAUAACAGAAAGGGAUUUUACUCAGGAUUAUGACUAUAUCACAAAAUCUCUUUCACCUUAUCCAAAAGCUCCAUCACCUGAAUUCUUAAAUGGAAACAAUAGCGUUGUAGGUCGGGGACAAUCACCCAGAAUUAGUGAGACCAGUGCAAUGUGUGUAAGAAAGAGUUACUCACCUGCUUCAGGACCGCCCUUUUCGCCAAGACACACUCCGACCAAGAAUAAUUCUGUUGUGAAUAUGAAAAAAGCAAAUUCAGUGAUAAAUAAUCAGAGAACCCAACAUUGUAACAGCUAUUCAGAUGUAAGCAGUAAUAGCUCAGAGAAACUUUAUAUGGAACCUGAAUCUCCAGAGAGCUGUGACAACCAUAUGCAAAACAAGAGAGAGGGAAAUCAUGCAGCAUCUCCAUUAUCAUUGUCUAGUGAAAAAAUAGAGAAAAUGUGGUUUGACAUGCCCAGUGAAAAUACUCAUGUAUCAGGUCCCAGUCAACGUGGUAGCAAAAGGCGGAUGUACCUAGAAGAUGAUGAGCUAAGUAAUUCCAAUGAAGCAGAAGUAGAAGAGGCAGAAGAAAGGGAACAUUUGCUUUCCAAAAAACGAUGUCAAUGGGAAAAUUCUGACCAGCACACCUUCAAAACUUCAUUAUCGACACCAGAUUUUUCUGUUCCUAAGGACUGGCAACAAGAGUUACAAGGUGCUGGAAUGUUUUAUGAUAACAUCAGCUCAGACUAUAAAAGGAAAACUGAUAGCCAACAUAAAAUCAUGGAUGAUUUUACUACAAAGACAUUGAAAUUGACUCAACAACAUCUGAUGGCAAUGACCUCUCAAGCUCAGGGACGCAGGGAUGAAAAUGUUGAGAAAUUCCAAGUCACUCUCCUAGAUGAGCUGGAAAAAGUUGAAAAAGACUCACAGACUUUGCGAGACUUGGAGAAAGAGCUUGUGGACAUCGAGGAAAAGUUAGUUCAGAAGAUGAGGGCAUAUCACCGAUGUGAGCGAGAGAGGUUUCGUGUUUUGAAAACUUCACUGGAUAAAAGUUUUCUUGUCUAUAAUUCUGUUUAUGAAGAGUCUGUUUUUACAUCUGAGAUGUGUUUGAUGAAAGCAAACAUGAAAAUGCUACAAGACAAGCUACUUAAGGAGAUGCAUGAAGAGGAAGUUCUCAACAUACGCAGAGGACUACAGUCAUUAUUCAAGGCUCAUGAAGGAAAUGAUGCAUGAAAUCUGGCUGCUGUCAAUGAAUUUUAUGAUUAGUUUUUUGUGUAUAAAUAAAGCACUAAUAAAGUAGCUUUGCAAAGAUGCAUCAUCUAAGCACCUCUAUUCUUGUGUGCAAGAACCUCCCGACUCAAAUGUUAGAGAUGAAAAACAUGACUCCAAAUGCAGCUUGUAUGUCCUAUGAGCAAACAGUAAAAGGAGCUGACUUUCCUUGGAUCAUAUUUUUAUAUUAACUAUGUCUGUGAAAGUAGUGUCUGUACUAAAGUAUUUAUAUAUAAAGUGUAAUUUUAAAUUAAUGCAGUUUUGGAAUAAAAUAUACUGAAAUUUG